AUGUCAGGAAAUCUAACGUUUGUCCCGUAUCCCGAUUCGAGUGAGCGGUCGUCGCGACGCGUCCGGUCGCGCAGAGCCUGCAGCCGCUGUCGACUCCAGAAGCGACGAUGCAAUCACCGAGACCUGUCGCAUUCCGUGACCUCUUCGUCCCCAUCGCGUUCUCUGGCGUGGAUGGGGUCGCACGAAACCCCUCAAUCUCAAUCUCAAGCGCCGGCCGCCUCUGGUCCGGGGCCAAGACGUGAAUUGACAAGCGCCCGAGAUCCAUCGGCGUCGCCCAGCGGCCAACAGAGCCACGCUGGGACGACGAGAAGUCAGAACCAGGCAGACCAACCACAAAAUCACCUCCCACCGCAAGAGUCCGAAGCAGAGACGCAUAAUCAUACAUGCGGAUCAGACACUCAUGCGAGCCCUCUCACCACGCGUUUCGUGGGUGAUUUGAACCCCGAGGCGAGACUCCUGGACAAAACUACGACGCCCGAGGAUGCGCAAAACAUGGCUCCGGGGGAAGUGGGAGUCUGGGUGCAGCCGCAUCCUUGCAGUAAAUGUGCUUCGGGCGUGGAAGAAUGCUCUCCGUCAAGGCCGCAUCCUCCUUCGACCGGAAGACUGAGCCGGUUCCUACCACCCGGAUCGGACAUGCUAUCCGGAAAAACCAUCAAGGCGCUCUCGGAAAUCUAUUUUAAUAACAUACAUCCCAUGAUACCGCUUCUGAAUGAGGAACAAUACUGGCAAUCACUAUCCCGAGGGACGGCUCCGGUGCCCCUUGUGCAUGUUUUGUGUCUAGUAGCAGCUAAGGACGCUGCGGCGGAGAAGCAUCUGAAGCUUCUUCAAUCACGAGAUACUCCCCUCUCCGCGCGAGAAUUCUGCAGUCAACUGUAUACGUCCCUUUCGGCAGCUCUAACCCGUCGUGCCUCGUUGGGGAAGAUCACUCUUAUGCGCAUUCUCGGGCUGCUCUCGCUGCACCAAGAAGGAAGCGAAGGCAUGGAAGGCGCAUCCAGCUGCAUUGCACAGGCUGUCCAUAACGCGCAGUCAAUAGCGCUUCACUUGCCUCGUCCCAACGAUACUGAUAACGGAUUCAAACGGCUGUUCUGGUGUCUUUGGACUCUGGACCGCAUGAAUGCUGCGACUAACUCGAGACCAUGCAUCAUGGCCGACAUCGACAUAGGUGUUCCGGAAAUAACGCCGGAGGAAUCUAAUUCAGUUGCCUUUGACGUAUGUUUUAGAAUUGCGAAGAUGUUGAAUAAGGCUAUUGGGCUCUAUCGGCCGAACAAUAAGGUCCCGACUGCUGGCUGGGAUCUCGAUUACCCGGGGUUCGAGCAGAUCAUGGAUGAAAUGCACGCGUGGAAUCUACCCUCGGCCACAAUAGCUACGUUGCAUGUCUUCUACCGCGCCACAGCUAUCCUAGCCCAUCGCCUUAAAACGGUCACGACCUUACCCUCUCCCACCGCCGCACGGCUGCGCCAGCAGCUCUCCGCCAUCCAAUUAAUCCGCUACAUGCAAGACCCAACUCGACUCAACUCACUCCACCCAUUCCCCAUAAUAGUCUACGCCGCCUCGCUCGCCCUAUCCGUAUCAUACCAACAAUUACGAUAUAGCCGGCUCCCGAGCGACCAAGGAGACGCACGCCAGGACUUCAACACCGGGUGCGAGAUUCUGCAAGAACUGCGACGCAAAUGGGCCUCUGCCGACGCAAUGGCAUCGCUGGCGUAUCGAAUCUCCAUUGCACUGGAUCAACUACCGAACCUGGGCGUGCUGUGGGUGAAUCGGUCCAAUCGGACAGAAAGAGACAGUCAUCCGCCCUCGAGAAGAGAGCUCGGGGACACGGUGGAAGAAGUUGAUCAUCAGCCCCACUCACUGGAUGCGCAGAUGAUGGACCGUUCGCAAGACGUUGAGAGGACCCAUCCUGAAUUGGAUACUAUGAAUUUAUUCUCUGGUAUGGAUGAUGUCUCGUGGAUGUAUCUUGACGCAGAAAUCCCUGUGAACUUUGAUCAUUUGCCGUUGAUGGAUUUCGAUGAGCCGCUCCCAUGGUAG